AUGGAGUCUACGUUUACAGCAUACCUUACUCAGAAUUGUGUAUUACUUCUACUUAUUCUUUUUAUCAUGCUCUUCAAGUUAUUUUUAAUUUCAGACCCAAUGGUGACACGCAAGAUGAUUCAUUUAUUAACUGGUCCAAUAUACUUACUAACACUUCCCUUCUAUCCACUCGAUUCUAUUCUUUGUCGAAUUCUCUCAUCUUCCCUUCCAUUCACCGUAUCUCUUCUUCUGUUAUUUUCAUAUACCUUUCCCACAUUACAAUUAUCCAAAAUAAUGACUGGGUUAAUGUCACGAGGGGGGAGUCCACACGAGUUAAUUCAAGGGCCUUUCUUUUAUUCAUUUUUAGUGGCACUUUGGUCCUUACUCUUUUGGGAUUCUCCACACGCCGUUUUCCCAAUUCUUAUAUUAGCUAUUGGAGAUGGGAUGGCCGCCAUAAUCGGCUAUUAUUCCACUAACACUUUACCUGCUCCGUUCGGAAGAAAAACUCGUGAAGGAACUCUUGCUUUCCUCUUGUGUAGUUUCCUCUGUGAAUUACUAUUCUCUUACUAUUUCUAUAGUAAAUUCUUCUUCCUUAAUUCUUCAAUUCUGGCUGUCGUCGGGUGUGUUAUGGAAUAUAUCUCACCACCAAUCUACGACAACUUGGCUGUGCUCUUCUCUUCGACGGCCAUCACCUAUGCCUUAAAUUGGUCGUAA